CUGCAGCUGUCGGGAAUCAUGACUGAAGAUGACGGAUUCCGCGGCGGUGGUGGUGGAGGGCCAGCUCAAGUGGAGGGACGGCAAGAAGUGGAAGAAUAGAUGGGUGGUGCUGCGCAAACCUUCCCCGGUGGCCGAUUGUUUACUUCUGCUGGUGUACAAGGAAAGGUCUGAACGACUGAAAGGCCUGAAGGAGCGGAGCAGCAUAACUUUGGAAGACAUCUGCGGCCUUGACCCUGGGCUCUGUUACGAGGGUCUGAACCAUGCUCUUGCCAUCAUCUGUUUGACUCAGGUCGUUAUGCUGGGUUUUGAGAACAAGGAAACGAUGCAGGCCUGGGAUGUGCGGAUCCGCUACAGUUUAGGUGAAGUUCACAGGUUUCAUGUUGUGGUAGCACCUGGAACUAAACUGGAAAGUGGUCCAGCAACUCUCCACUUCUGCAAUGAUAUUCUAGUACUAGUAAAAGAUAUCCCACCCGCUAUAAUGGGGCAAUGGAAACUCUCUGAUCUACGACGCUACGGAGCCGUUCCUAAUGGAUUUGUCUUUGAAGGAGGAACUCGGUGUGGCUUCUGGGCUGGUGUGUUUUUCCUCUCUUGCAUGGAUGGUGAGAAGAUCAGUUUUCUGUUUGACUGUAUUGUUCAUGGCAUCUCCCCAAUGAAAGGCCCUUUUGGCUUACGUCCAGUCCUACCAGACCCCAGUGCAAAUCCCACCAGCAUGGAAGAAAGGGUCGCCCAUGAAGCUUUACAGUUAGAGAAACGACUCAGCCUUCUUUCUCAUGCAAGUCAUCAUGGCAGUGGAGGCGAUGACAGAAGCUUGUCAAGUUCAUCUUCAGACACCAGCCACUCUGAUGCCAGUAUUGGAAGCAGGUUGACACUUUGGCCCGACCAUUCUUCAGUCAGUACUGAGGGUCAUGGACUUCCUGUGGCAAAGGGCAUUCACUUUGGGGAAGAAAAAACCCAUGCGGAAGGUACCCACAGUAUUACCAAACCCCCUCCUAAACAUCCUCGCUCCAGGCAGUUACAAGAAAUCGGCCGCCAAAGUUCUUCUGACAGUGGAAUAGCUACGGGGAGUCACUCUUCUUACUCGGGAAGCUUCUCUUCCUAUGCUGGGAGCCUGGACAUUAGCCAUAGUGAUGAAUUUGGAUCACUCUUGAGCUUGCAGCUAAACCUUCCUCCAGACCAGAAUGUAUGUACUUGUCUACCUGGCGAGCAUCCAAGGAGCUCUAACUUGGAGUACCAGGUUCCCAGCUCUCUCAGGCAUGCCUAUGACACUCCCAGAAGUUUGCUACAGGUGGCUGCUAAAGAUGUGCAGACCACAAGUUCAGAUUCCUCGCUAUCCCAGGACCAGGCAGCUCAAGGAAUUAGUGACCUGAAGCUGCUGACACCGCAUAGAGAGGCACAAGCUGCUUUCAAGACAAGCCAAGAAAGGGGAGUCCAGGCAGCCUUCUCUGUGGAAAACACCAAGGACUCAAGUACUGAGGCAAGCUUGGAUUUUGUUUCAAGGUGGACACAACUCAGGCAGCAAGGGCAGCUAUUAGACUCGAGAAGUGCUGAGGCGACGACAGCAGGUGGGAUCUCCAGCAGUGUGUGCGAAGUAUGUAGCUCUCCUUCUGGGACAAUGCAGCCUCUCUUUUCAUCUUGCCCAGUGUGUGGUGGGCUGAAGGAAACUUCAUUUUUAUCAUCUGGAGUCUUACCGGCUAUAACAGGUUCUUCUGUUAUGGCAGCUUCUUGGUGUCUGAAAGCACAUAAAGGACAAACUUUGCAAGCUGGUCUUAAAGGAAGUUAUGAGUUGAUGGCCCCAUCCACAGAACCUGGAUGUGAUACUGAAGAACUUGGAGCAGUCAGCAAUUCAGCAGAUCUACCGGUGGCUGAUAGACUGUGUAGUGAGUCAGCAACCUAUGUUAAUAUACCUACCAGCCCUACAUCAAAGAAACAGCUUCAUUACAUGGAGCUAGAACUUCAGGAGCCCAGUUCAAGUAUAAGAGGGAGUGGGUCAACCAAAUAUGCACAGAUUGACAUUGCUGCAACAGAGACGGCCCACAAAGUGGGGACACAGCAUGCGCAGUUUCGAGAAGAACGGCUGCAAGAGCUCGAACAGAAGAAGAAAGGAGGCCCGCCGCCCUCUUCAUAGGGAGGUCCCCUUGAGCUCACCCAAACACAGUACUGUUCAGUAUUUCAUGGACACAGGAAUUCAACUAAACGCUGCCAUUGUUUUCAGAAUUAUACCAGAUUCAUUCCAAUCUAUUAAUUUCCAAUUGGAAAACUGGUAGCAUGGUGUGUGUGUGUGUUUCUAUGUCUAAAAACAUUAGUUGUACACAAUGUCUGUUAAAUCACUUCUGUUGUAAUUUUUAAUGUCUUGCCAAUCAGGUAUCCUAUAUAAGUGAUUUUUAAAGCAGAGGCAUUCAGUUUAAAGAAAUUUUGAAUGUGUGAUAAAGAUGUACAUGUAUCUAAGUAUAUA